AUAAACAUUCUUCCAAGAUUUUUGAAGAGAAAUAGUACAGGCUCAGCCUAGGUUUUCCUCCAAUGUCAUAACUAUUAUUUAUGAUUAGGUGAAUUUUCUACCUAAAAACACAUAAUACUAAAGUAUUCUUCUUUCUCUUUCUCUUAUAUUCUUCUCUCUCUUUUUCUAGUAUUCUUCUUUCUCUUUCUCUAUUCUUUCUCUUUCUCCAGGAUUAGUAGUGUAGUAUAAAAAUACUAAAGGAGGAAGAACCCCUAUCCUAAUCGAUCCGAGAAAAAUGACUUGGCUCUCAAAACCGGACUCACCUAUGUUCAGGUUUUUGUUGGUAGCAGUCAGCACUAUUCUAGAGCUAUCCAACACAAUAGCCUAGCUCUUUGAAUUAGCGAUCUUUGACAUCCAAGUAAUGAAAAUAAAUGGAUAUGCAACACAGGAUUCAAGCCGAAUGGGGUUCUUCAAUAUCAAUUUGAAAAAUCUCGUUGUUUUCUUAAUGAAUGUUUAUGCAAUCCAACUUUGUCUCUUCCUCAUCUUUGUUAUUGAACUGUCAGACAUCUUCUCCAAAGUAAGAUACCUUCUUCGGUAUUCUAUAAUACUGUCUCUGGUAUUCUUCAUAUCUGUGGAUGGAGAAAAAGUAACUAGUGAGAUGCAAAAGUCCAUGUUUUCAUCCAUGAUCAAGAAAUCCAAUUUGCAGGGAGAAAAACUCAGAAAAGCAUUGUGGAUGUGUUCUUGGACUGAUAAACCAAACUGGUUCAAGAAAUCCUUGCUGACGAUGAUGACAAGGGCUACAGUCGAUUUGAAAAUCAGGCCAUUCACAUUGUAUUCUUUGGAUCUGACUUGCUUCACUCAGAUAGUGAAAGGCACAUACUCCUACUUCAACAUUUACAAAAGUUUGAAGAAAUGAUGAGUGGACAGUUACUAUACUCUUAAAUGAUUCAAUAAAAACCAAUAUAUUUGUGAAUGAUAACCAUUAUGACAACGAUACUUCCUCAAGUUUGAAAAUAAACAUAUAAAGAAAG